UAGAACGUGUGCUAUGUUUGUCAACGCUUCACGCGUAUUGACUUUCCUGAUAACAUCGGCCCCGGUCUAGUUUAACAACUCAUGUCUACUUUAAUGUGGAUAGGUAAAUUCGUACGUGGUGAAUUACACGCUAUUACACUGCAUAUUAUAAGAAUGUUGGAGAUUUCGUGAUGAUGGCAGACGACAACUCUAAGCCUCGAACUAAGUCUGAAUUCAACCAAUAUGGCUGCCUCUUGGUUGGGUGUUCUUUUAUUCUCAGAUUGAUCAGUAAUGGGAUAUCCCAGUCUGUCGGUUUGAUCAUACGAGAACUGAUAGAGGAAUUUCACGUGGGAAAAAGCGAGGCUAAUGGAAUAGGAUCCGUCAAUACAGGCCUGAUGUUACUGUCAGGUCCUUUGGCAGGUUUGGUAGAGCACAAGCUGGGAAUUCGAGUUACCGUGGUGUUGGGAUCCUUGAUAUCGUCUGUUGGACUGGCCUGUAGUAUGUUUGUCCCGUCUUUCCACGUCUUGUAUGUCACUUAUGGAGCUAUAACCGGUUUCGGGUUUUCUUUGUUGUCCCUGUCGGCGAUGGUUCCAAUCAAUAUGUACUUCAAUGAGCGACGGACACUGGCGAACGCUUUUUCCAACAUUGGUGGUGGGGUCGGAACCAGCGUCUUCCCCUUCCUUAUAGCCUGGCUGAUGGAGGAGUAUGGCUGGAGGGGGCUCUAUCUUAUUUUGGCCGGAAUCUCGCUCCAGGGGGUCGCUGUCGGACUAAUCCUAAAGGAUAACUAUCGAGAUCCAAAAAAAAAUGCACUUCUGCUUCAAAAGACAGACCAUAAAAAGGAGGAACAGGAGAAAAGUACACUACAGAAAAUUAAGGAUUUGUACACAAACAAGUAUUUCGUCCUGUACGGAAUAAUGUCCUUCAGUGUCGAUAUGGUCAUCCUCGUUCCCUUCUUUAUGAUUCCUGUUAUAUCGGCCGCCAUUGGACUGUCGCCAAGGCAACAAGCAAUGAUCAUAACGGUAGCAGGAAUAGCUAGCAUCUUCCUGCGUCCGACAAUCGGACUGGUUGUUGAUCGAAUGAAGGCGCAUACAGUCACUGUGAUGGGCGUCGCCGCAAUAAUUCUCGGCGUGUCAACGCUGGGACUGGUUUACCUCCAAACCUACGCUGCCUACUUAGUAUAUGGCUGUAUACUAGGGAUGACUCAUGGAGCUUACCUUCUACUAAAACCCAUAGUACUGGUCGACAUCGUCGGAAAGGAUUCCUAUGCUUUAGGAUUAGGAUUUUACAGGCUUUUUGCUGGCACUGCAGUCAUCACUGGGCCUCCAUUAGCAGGGUGGAUAAUGGAUAUACGAGGACAUUUCGACUGGCUGUGUUACUAUGCCUUAGCUGUGUUUACAUUUGGCGGUUGCGGCCUAAUUAUAUUCAACUUCUUCCUGAAAAGACGACACACUGAACGAUAUGAAAAAGAAUACAUUGUAGUUUCUCAAGUGGAUAUAACAGCCAAGCCGACAAGUGUGUCACUCACGACAGAAGGAACAGCAAAAACAUCACUUGAAACUGAAAAACCAUCAAACACAGCAUUAUGAUUAGCACUUGCAUACGUAAUGAUGAACUGUAAACUAUUUAUUUUAGCGCAUUAUCGGAUUUUUUUUUAUAGAUAAGCGCAUUGAUGAAUUUGUGCAUCCCGAAAAUAUGCGCUAGAGAACAAUACAUAGGAACUUAAAGAGGCGCAUUAAUAACUUUGUGCAAUAACCGAAGCGCGGAAAUCGCUAAAAUAAGACUACCGCUGAAAUAUGUACGUUUGAAGUAUAUUAAUCGUGGAUCGUAGUCACUUUUCACGACUUCGCUUAAUGUUUCCAUUACAGUUAUUAUUCAUGUGCGACCAUCAGGCAUUAAUUUAGCGGUUGUUUACACAACGUUGUUGGUUGUUUUCAUAUUGUUUAUUGUUGCAACGUUUUUGCUGUCAGGACAGCGAAUUAAAUUUUC